CACUUUCAGGAUAGAUUACAGACCCUCUGCCUCGGCCCACCUUUGCCCCACCCUACUCUGCCCAGAAGUGCAAGAGCCCAAGCCGCCUCCAUGGCCCCAGGAAGGACUCAGGGGAGAGGCCCCAUACAGGGAGCCACUCCAGCCAGACAACCUAGCCAGAAUGGAGCUGACUGAAUUGCUCCUCGUGGCCAUGCUUCUUCUAACUGCAAGACUAACUCUAUCCAGCCCGGCUCCUCCUGCCUGUGACCCUCGACUCCUCAAUAAACUGCUUCGUGACGCCCAUGCCCUUCACAGCAGACUGAACCAGUGCCCAGACGUUAACCCUUUGUCCACACCUGUCCUGCUGCCUGCUGUGGACUUUAGCUUGGGAGAAUGGAAAACCCAGACGGAACAGACCAAGACACAGGACAUUCUGGGAGCAGUAACCCUUCUGUUAGAGGCAGUGAUGGCAGCACGGGGACAACUGGGACACACCUGCCUCUCAUCCCUCCUGGGACAGCUUUCUGGACAGGUCCGUCUUCUCCUUGGGGCCCUGCAGGGCCUCCUUGGAACUCAGCUUCCUCCACCAGGCAGGACCACAGCUCACAAGGAUCCCAAUGCCAUCUUCCUGAGCUUCCAACAGCUGCUCCGAGGAAAGGUGCGUUUCCUGUUGCUUGUAGGAGGACCCACCCUCUGCGUCAGGCGGGCCCUAGCCACCACAGCUGUCCCAAGCAGUACCUCUCUCUUCCUCACACUGAACAAGCUCCCAAACAGGACUUCUGGACCGCUGGAGACAAACUCCUCUGUCUCAGUCAGAACUACUGGCUCUGGACUUCUGAACAGACGUCAGGGAUUCAAAGCCAAGAUUUCUGGUCUGCUGAACCAAACCUCCAGGUCCCCGGACCAAAUCCCUGGAUACCUGAACAGAACACACGAACCCUUGAAUGGAACUCAUGGACUCUUUCCUCGACCUUCACCCCGGACCCUAGGAGCCCUGGACAUUUCCCCAGGAUCACUGGACACAGGCUCCCUGCCAGCCGACCUCCAGUCUUCCCCAACCCAUCCUCCCACUGGACAGUACACAUUCUUCCCUCCUUCACCCACCUUGCCCACCCCCAUGAGCCAGCUCCACCUCCUACUUCCUGACUCGUCUACUACCACACCCAACCCCACUAGCCCUCUUCUAAGUGCCACCCACCCUCCUUCCCAGAAUCUGUCUCAGGAAGGGGAAGGUACUUGGGCACUGCCACCGUCAGCGUAGUGUUUCACAUAUGGGUCCCUUCUCUGGGGAGAGUCCCUGGGAGAUAAUCGCAGCUAGACCAGAUGUCCUGCUUUCAUCUGAACCCCAAAGCCCUGGAAAGGGGGAUACAAAGAACAGACAAAGGGACCAUUUUUCACUGUACAUUGUAAAAUGUCAGAAGCUAUUUUUUUAAAGCUAUCAGCGAUAUUCAUCAGAGCAGCUAGUUAUCUUUUGUCUGUUUUCUGC